AUGACAUCUAUGCCUGAAGGUUCUUCCCAAAGUGCUGGUGACAGUAACAAAAAUGUAAGGGGGAAGACUGAUCCAGCGUGGAGGUAUUGUAAUCAAGUGCAAGAAAGCAAUUCCACUGGAAGAUCAAAGAGAGUUGAGAGAUGCAAGAAGGUUACUGAUGAGGUUCAGAAUGAAAUGAAGCAAAAUAUUGAAUCUCACGGGAGUAAAAAAAGGAAAGCCCAAGAGCGUUAUGAUGAUCAACAUGGAGCUGGUCCUGGUGAUGAAAAUGAAGAAGUUGAUGACGUGGUGUGCAAGAAACGGAAGAAUACAAGUGGUGAUAAUCCUAUAAACUCUUACUUCAUGUCUAGGACAACUACUGGAUCUCAAUCAACCAUCAUAAGUGUCAUGCAAUCUCAAGAGGCAAAAGAAAAGGUGGAUCUUGCCAUUGCCAAGUGGAUGAUAGAUGCUUUAAUUCCAUUCAAUGCCACCAACUCUAAACUUUAUCAACCGAUGGUUGAUGCAAUCGCAAGUAUAGGACUAGGUUAUAAAGCUCCUAAUAUUCAUGUUGUUCGAGGUAAAUUAUUGACUAAAAGUGUUAAAGAGGUGAAAAUGUUUGUGAAUAGUUUUCACAGUAUUUGGAGAUCUACUGGAUGCACAAUCAUGUCUGACGGUUGGAUAGAUCAAAAUAAUAGAAACUUAAUCAAUUUCUUAGUGUAUUGUCCUAAACGAACAAUCUUUUUGAAGUCUGUUGAUGCCUCAGAGGCUUCUAAGACCGGUCAUAGGCUAUUUAAAUUGUUCAAGGAAGUUGUGCUUGAAGUGGGGGUGGAAAAUGUGGUGCAAGUGGUUACGGAUAAUGCCUCAAAUUAUGUUAUGGCAGGGAGGCUAUUAGAAGGUGAGUUUCCGACAUUAUCUUGGUCUCCUUGUGCUGCACAGUGCCUUAACUUGAUGUUCCAGGAUAUUGGAAAGCUUGAAGAUGUGAGUAAUACCGUGAAACAUGCUGCUGGGAUUACAAAGUACAUUUACAAUCAUUGCUUUGUUUUGAAUUUGAUGAGGCAGCAUACAUGUGGCAGAAAAAUUAUUCGUCCAGCUCCAACUAGGUUUGCUACAAACUUUGUUGCAUUACAAAGCAUCUUGGCUCAAAAAGAUGCAUUGCGAGCUAUGGUGACAUGUAGGGAGUGGACUCAAUCAUCAUAUUCAAAGGAUCUGAAUGGAAGAAGAUAUGCUAAUAAUGUCUUGGAAUCAAAGUUUUGGAGUGAAUGUGCUAUUGUUGUACAACUAACUGAACCACUUAUGCGUGUGCUUCGUUUGGUUGAUGGUGAUGAUAGACCAGCUAUGGGUUAUCUGUAUAAGAGUAUCCAUGUAGCAAAAGAUGAUAUGAUUAGGAGGUUUCAGUGA